ACCUGUCUUCUCAGUCGCGUCUCGGCCGUCCCGGCACUCUGGCGCGAAAGUUGCCCAACCCGGCACAGUGUUGUUAUUUGGCGGCAGCCAGGGCCUGCCGUUUUGGUUUUGCGAGUUUCAAAGAGUCAAAUCAUGUGGCGAUCGGCGCGAGCGGUGCUUCUGGCGACGGCGUGCAUCUGUCUCUCUCGUGCGAGCAGCCAGCCGGUGAAGCCAUCGAACACGGUUAACGCUAUUGUUUCCUGUUCGCGAAACGAUACAGCGAGUGAUCUUAACCAGUGCAUAUCAAGAGGAAUAGAACACUUUUUAAGAACGGCUAAAAAUGGUUUGCCAGACAUCGGCCUGCCGUCUCUGGAUCCGUUUAUGGUGAAGCACUUGACACUCAAAGAAGGAUCUGGCAAGGUCGCGGUGUCCUUCGAUUUCCACGAUGUGCGCUUCAAGGGUUUCAGCGGCGCGGAGGUCUACUCAGCCAGGAUGAACGUGAACGACAAGAAGCUGGAGGUGUCUCUGAGAGCGCCCGUCUACGAGGUGGACGGCUUCUACUCGUGCGAGGGCGCCGUGUACGAGCUGCCUUUGUCCAGCAACGGCCGCUUCACCGUCACCAUGACCGACGUCACCAGCGCGUGGAUGCUCUACUUCCUCGCCAAGACGGCCAACAACGACACCAUGCUGGCCGCCAACCGCUUUAUCGUGGACGUCAGCCCGGCCAACGUCGUGUACCGCUUCGACAAGAAGUUCGACGGAGAGAACAACCUAGGUAUAGGCGAAGCCAUGGAUGAAUUCAUGAACGAGAACGCUCUGGAAAUCUACAACAUCAUCAAGCCCCAGAUCAUGAAGAUAAUGGGCGGAAAGUUCCUCGAACUGGCCAACCAGGUCCUAAUGAAUUAUCCCAGCGCCCUGGACCUGGCCAGCAAAUAGCGCCUAGCCUCUCGAGUCUCGAUAGUCUCGAAUCGCGGGGCACUAACUCACUCCAUCAUCAGAACCUCGCGCCGGACUGACGCAGGCGACGCAGCCAUCGCAGAGCGAGGUCCGGCCGCUGUGGCCCGUAGGCCGCCUCCGAGGCGCCGCCGGGACGGUGGCCUUCCUCUUCCACUUCAACUUGAGAGGCCACACCACAAUUGAUCGCCCCUGCAGAGAUCCGCUCGCGGCACCUAGCAAUCUGGCGGUCGAACCAGCGGCCAACUCGCCAAAAAACCAUUUUUCUCGAGUCAGUCAUUAAUUUUGAGUAUUGGGGAGGAGCAGCGGACAGCUCGCGGGUUAGAAACGUUCGCGAAGCCCAAAGCCUAUCUUCCCGCGUGACGUCACAGACGCAGCCCAGGAAACGUGUGGAGGCUGCUGCUGGACCGAGCAGCUAGCCGCUGGCCAAAACAACUCGUGCCAAGGCCAGCAGCGUAGUAUUAUUCUCGUGCAUACUUACAAGAAAGGUGCAGCUUGCUGUGUGUGAUGUGCUGUUUGCGCACCAUUGCACACUAUGCAGUUCAAGGUGUCACUGUGACAUUGUAGUACUGGUGCGGUUCGCAACACUCGCCGCUCGCUAGCUUUAAGUAGUGAUAAAUGAGAUGGGAACGCAAACGAGGAACAUGAAAAGAAGAUUUUACUGUGAUAUUUUUAGCAUCUAUUUAUUUUCACUGAAGCCUCACUAUUUUAUUUUAUUUCAUCACAUCUAACAACAGCAGAAGAACGUAAAUAUUACGCCCUAUGUGAAUCAAUACUAAGUUUAUAUUGUUAAAAUAUGGUUUAACGUUUCAGAUGAAAAAUGAACUGUUUUAAUUGUAUGCUGUUGUUCGUGGAUAUUAAAUUUCGUGCUUCUAAUGUG